UCUGUGCCAAGCUCCUGGAGAAAGCAGCAAAGUUUCCUGAACUCGCCUGCUGAAGUUUUAUGAUUAGAGUCAAGGGACUGAUCCAGGCCAGAGAGAGGAGCGAGCGUCUGGGUGCUGAACGAUGGCCGGGUCAGGAGACACGAUUGAGAUGCCGGCCCUGGGCCGCCCCUUCCAGCUGGGGAUGCUGUACGACUGCCGCACGGACGCCCUCAUCCCAGGGAUCACUCUGUGGCGCCCGAAUGAUCUUGAAAGGGAUGUAAAGAAAAAACCACAACCCAGGGCUGAAUUUGAGAUCAUCGCAUCUGACACCAUUGAGGAUAAGGCCAACGCCCUCAAUGUCACGGCAUCGCUCAAGGCGAGCUUCCUGGGGGGCAUGAUUGAAGUAAGUGGAUCUGCCAAAUACUUAAAUGACACCAAAACAUCCAAACAACAGGCCCGAGUCACUCUCCGGUAUUCGGCCACAACAAGGUUUGAGCACCUAACCAUGAGCCAAUUAGGAGCAGGGAAUGUCUAUUAUCCUGCUGUGUUUGACCAAGGCACGGCCACCCACGUGGUCACGGCUGUGCUGUACGGCGCCCAGGCUUUCUUCGUGUUCGAUCGAGAAGUUUCUUCUUCUGAGAAUGUCCGCGAGAUUGAGGGAUCACUCCAGAUUGCAAUUAAAAAUAUACCCUUUGUUUCUCUGGAAGGGAAAGCAGAAAUCAAAAUGGAUGAAAAAGACAAAAAAAAUGCUGACAAAUUUAACUGCAGGUUCCAUGGUGAUGUUGUUCUUGAGAGAAAUCCAACUAAUUUCCAAGAUGCCAUGAACAUUUAUGCCCCCCUUCCAAAGAUGCUGGGUGAGAACGGGGAGAAGGCCGUAGCCAUGAGAGUCUGGCUGUACCCGCUGACCAAGCUGGAUUCCAAAGCUGCUCGGCUGGUGCGUGAGAUCAGCUUAACGCUGCUUUCUGAUGCUCAGACUUCAAUGGAGGACCUGGCAGAACUUGACAUGAGAUGCAACGACAUGGGGAAGAAUCCAAUUGCCAGAACCUUCCCUGAAAUCCAGAGGAAAGUCCAACAGUUCAAAGGUCUGUGCAUGCAACACAGACAGACUUUCCAGAAAGAGCUGGCAGGACACUUACCGUCCAUCCGUGGAGGAGGAGAAGAGGAAGGGGCCCUGGUGGACAUUCUGUCACGCAGAAACCUGUCUCCCUUCAAUACUCAGAAACUCAAUGAAUUCUUGAACACAAAGGAGCGAGAGAUGAAUUAUGUGAAUUCCUAUCUCAGUGCCCUAAGCAAUGUAGACGUGGUGCCCUCCCAGAGUGAGCUAGAGAAAAUAGUGCUCAACCCUGGGCUUGAUUUUGUUGUUUCUUUUACAUUCACCUCCUUACACAACGAGGAGCCAUAUUUAGCAGAUUUAGAUCUUUGGCUUCGCACCCAGUCUAUGAGGGACACUCAGGAUCCUGCACCAGCCAAUUCUUCUAGUGAGAAACCAAAAUCCAAAGCCUGGUUUGAGGACAAGGAAAUAUAUAAAAAAGCUCGAAAAGCUGCAAAGUGCUUUUCAGAUUUUGCCCGUGCUAAUGAAUCUAACAAGAAGACCCGGUUCAUAGUGGCCUCUGUUCCAGACGAGUCCAAUCCAGGUGCUUCCAUUUACCUGUAUGCAGAUGGAGACUUGCUCAGCACUGACUUCCAGCCUCCAUCGAAGCCUUUUCCUCUCCUGACUGGUGGAGUCCAAUGUGACCGUGUGCAGCUCACGCUGAAACCGGCAGCCUAUGGCAGAGCUGAGAUAUGCGGCUACCAGGCAGAGUACAGACUUGUCGGGCAGGAGAACUGGGUGGCUGUGAAUGUCAGUAACACACAAGAGACACUCACAGUCACAAGGCUCCGUCCAAACACCCAGUACCAGUUCCAAUACGCGGCCGUGAGCAAACCAGGGCUCAGCGAGAGCAGUGAUGUGAGUGACAUAGUGAAGACGCGUCCUCCUACCAGCUCCCCUGGGAAACCUGUAGCAUCAAUUGUAAUAUCAUCUGCCUUGGCCCUGGCCUGGGAGAGUCCAUGUGCCAUUGGAGAUGGAGUCAGUAUAAGCGAGUACAAGGUGGAAUACACAGAGGAGGCUGGAGAAGCCAAAUGGCUGGAGCGAAGGACAGGAAAGAGAACCGAAUCCUGCACCAUUGAUGGAUUAAUGCCACAGACGCCCUACAGAUUCCGGGUGUCGGCCGUGUGUGCAGACGGAUCUAUGAGUGACCCAAGCGAGGAGGUUCACAUCUCAACACUAAAGAAAGGUAACAUUUAA